UAGGACAUGAUUCAUAUGGUGAAGGCCUUCAAAUAAUUAUUAAUUUAUCUAUUCAUGUGGCAUUCCCAUUUUUCGCUCUCAUUAUCCAAUAGGACUUUUUCCUACUUGCACACGGAAAAGACAGGUCCAGGAUACAGGUGGUUAGAUACAAAAAUGCAUCCACGUCUUUUUCUUCCUGUCCACACACACCAUUAAUUUCUUAUAGCUACUCAGGUCUUCUAUACCUGGUUCUAUAAAUUUAGUGGCAACGUUCUCAGCUCUUCAUUGGUUAUUCGUUUAGAAAACGUUCAGAGAUGGAAGUCAUGCAAGUUCUUCACAUGAAUGGAGGAGAUGGUGAGAAUAGUUAUGCCAAAAACUCGUCCGUUCAGGACAAGAUUAUAUCAAUAGCAAAACCAGCAGUCGAGGAAGCUGCAAUGGGGAUCUUAAACGACAACAAUAUUCCAGAGAGCAUCGGCAUUGCAGAUAUGGGUUGCUCAUCUGGACCCAACAGCCUCCGAGUCAUCUCUGAGGUGAUGGACGUCAUAUAUGGCAAAUGUAUGAAUCUUGGCCGUCCUUCACCGGAGUUUAGGGUUAUGUUGAAUGACCUUCCGAGCAAUGACUUCAAUGCCAUAUUUGAGUCAUUGCCGUCUUUCCUCAAGAAGCUAAAAGAAGAGAAGGGUGCUGGGUUCGGGCCUUGCUUUGCAGCAGGUGUGGCUGGUUCGUUUUAUGGUCGAGUUUUCCCUAGAAAGAGUCUGCACUUUGUGCACUCUUCUUCUAGUCUUCACUGGCUCUCCCAGGUUCCACCUAUUCUACAGAGCAGUGCCCACAGAGCUUUGAAUAAAGGAAAGAUAUACAUAUCGAAGAGCAGCCCACAGAGCGUUUUGGAUGCAUACUCGACGCAGUUCCAAAAUGACUUUUCUCUUUUCCUGAAAUCACGUGGAGAAGAAGUACUUCCUGGAGGCGGCAUGGUUUUAUCGUUCAUAGGAAGGAGGACUUCAGAUCCUACUACAGAAGAGAGUUGCCACCACUGGGAGAUUUUAGCGCAUGCACUAAUGAGCAUGGUUUCGGAUGGUCUGAUUGAAGAGGAAAAACUAGAUUCGUUCAAUGCUCCUUACUAUGGUUCAUGCGUGGAAGAACUGAAACCGGAAGUAGAAAAGGAAGGGUCAUUCAUAAUCGAUCGCCUUGAAGCAUUUGAAAUUGAGUGGGAUGGAGGUGAUGGUAAAGACAUAAAGAACACAUUUGGAGAACUGUCAAGAGGGCAGCGAGUGGCAAAGACUAUAAGAGCCGUCGUGGAAUCAAUGGUGGCCCAUCACUUCGGAAACCACGUUCUGGACGAGCUAUUUCGAAGGCAUGCUCAGAUGGUGGAAGAUCACUUGUCAAAGACUGAAGCCAAGUUUAAUAAUUUAGUCGUUUCCAUGAUUAGAAAGGGUUAGCAAUUAUCACUGUAAUUGGCAUCAGAUCUAAAUAAUAAUGUUUGUUUUUUUAUUAAA